GAUUUUUAUUUUUAGAUAAAUGAAUAACAAAAACUUCAUAUUGGAAUUAAAUUUAAUCACCCCUAUAAGUGAACAGGAUUCAUGGCAUAUGUCAAUAUUUUUCAUCAUAAUGCGAUGUCUGACCUCUAAAGCAUUUGUUUGACUCCGAGUUUCUUAAAACACCAUAAAAGAAAGAUCCGGAUAGAAACGAUUUCAACAACCGGUCGUUCAUUACACCUUGAGUGAACAUGCCACUGCCUAUCACUACGCUACCAGUUGUUGCCGCUGCUGCUGGUGUGGCCUUUACAGUAAUGUUAGGUGGAUUAUUUUUUGUUGAUCCUGACCCAGAUGAAAAAGUCCCGAAACAAAUUGACAUUCAGGAUGUGAAAGAAAUGAUACAAAAAGAGAUUCAGGACAUAAAGAAAAAUCAGCGUGAUGAACAGAAGGGUGGACAGAUGAGUCAGGUUGAACAGUACAAAAAGGGGGAGGUGGAGGUAACUCCUGAAAUGUUGAGCAGCAGCAUCAGCACUGGAGAAGAGCAGACGAUGAAACGAGAAAACGAUCGGAUACAAGAGAAGUUAGAUAUACUGAGUGAUCUAGAGGAAAAAUUAAUAGAGAGACUGGACGAACACAACAGGAAGGAGAAAACUCCAAAGUUAGGAUAAUAGCCAUCCCCUGAAAAUGACAUCGGAGAAAAACUGCACAAAAUUGAAAAGUUGUUACUGGAAAGAAAAUCGAAUAAUUUUAAUUAUAGUUAUUAUGUUGACAUAGCUAUGACGAACAUUUCCUCUUCCAUAUCAACAAUCGAGAAUCUCUCAGCUGAAGUGUAUGUUUUUAUCUAUACGAAAUCGGCACUACUAAUAAAUGUUGUGUCUUUCGGUAAGUAAUUUUUUCACAAAAAGUAAAUCCCCUACCUCCUUAUUUAAUCCCUUUAUUAGCCAUGUUAGCAAGCCCAGAACAAUAAACAUGUAAUUUGCAUUUUGUAUACAUUUGUAGAUUUAGUGCCCCCCCCCCCUCUUUUUAGGAUGAGUGAAAAAUAGCCCAUUCUCCACAUUUUAAAAAAGUUUUUUUUUUUCAAAACACGCAUUGAUAAAAUGAUAAAAAUCAUAUCGAUACUGACAAUUUUGAACAAUUUUUGAUAAAUAUUUAUAAUGUCAUAUGAAACAGUGCAUUGCAUGCUGGUCAUUUUUCGUGAUAUUUUUGUGGCCAUUUGGUUGACAGGAACCUGGGUCUAAGGUAUAUUGUGAAAAUUUGUAUUAUAAUGAUGCAACUAGCACUUUGUAAAUUUUAUGUUUAAAUGUUCACUGUAUCUGUCAGCAGUUCAUUGUUUACAUAUUAAGUUAUACAGACAAGGUUAUUGAGAUGAUUUAAUUGUUACUUUAAAUAUAUCACAUCAAUGGAAAUCAGUUAGUGUAAUAAUUAUUCUAAGGUCAUACAAUAUGUAUAAAGUCUGUAUUUGAUAUUUUUAUUUUGAUAUAGUACAUCUUACGAUACAUCACUAUUCAGAUGGGAAGUGCCCAUAGCUGUAGUCACCCCGCUUGCCCCUUACUUAGGGUAUGUGUUUACAUAUUGCUUUUGUGUACUUUGAUGGAAGUGUUGUGUACAGUUUUAAUAUUUGUGUAAUGGUGAUAUACAUAAUAUAGUUAUAUGAAUAUUGUUUGAGGUCAUUGAUUGUGAGUCAAACAAUACAAAUUUAUAGAAUUAUUUUUGGAUUAAUCAGAAUGCUAUUGACUUGUAUGUGAAAGAUUUUUAAUGGCAUCUUGAUGUAUAUUUUAGGGAACACUGUACAUAUAUACUUCAUCACCAUGGAAUAAAGAACUAUAACAAUU